AUACUACUCAUCAAGUUCCAUGUUCUGUCUUUCUUCUUGAAACUCAAAAGUCGUCUCCUUGCUCCGACCUUGCAGUAGUCUCAGCUAAUCCAACCAGGGCUUUGGUGGGUUUUCCAUAUCAGCUCCCCAAAAGUUAAAUCCUCAAUCUUCUCUGUAAAAGUUGACACCUUUUACUUUUCUUCUACUUUGCUUCCUUAUUGACUAAGCUUGUAUUAUUGUAUUACAUGAUUGACCUGUAUUUAGUUAUUGGAUCAUUAAUUACGUGGUGGUUUCUUAAUAUGGGAUCAUAAGCCCACAAGUUCUAGAGAAUCUUGGAUUAUUUUAACCUCAAAAGAAUUCUAAUCAUCAGGAUCCACUGUUUACAAUUAGAAGCAUCUUGAAGCUUUUUUAAUUUACUGUUCUUCUACUUUGUCUGGUGAACAACUUGUGCCUAAAUCAUCAGAAGCUUCUAGGAUUCUUAGUUGAUUACCCACAAUUCUGUUGAAUUCUACGAUCUUGAUCUGUUUAAGGAAGGAUGGCUUGUCAGGAAGUUCAAUCAUGGAGCUUUGGUGGUCUUACAGUAGCAUUUCUUGACCUUUUACUUGCUUAUUUCCUGCUAUGCAUAUCAGCUUUUGUGUUUUUCGUAUCGAAGUUGUUGAAGGUUUUCUGGGUGUAUUUGCCUUGUCCUUGUAAUGGGGUUUUCGGGUAUAGAAAUCGUGAUCUUUGCUUGCAUAAGUUGCUUAAUGAGUGGCCUGUUGCCAAGAUUUAUGCUGCUCAGAAGUUGGUGAAGAGUAGGUUCCCUUUUGAUAUUCGGUUUAAGGAUCAAACAUGCAACUUGAGUCAGAAUUUGAUUAGGGAUGUGAAUGGAGGGAAUGGUGUUCUUGAAUUGGAAGGUGAGUCAUGUUGUAGUCCGUUUUCGAGCCCGAGAUUGCAAAGUCUGGUUGAUAAGGAAAGUGGGUAUGAUGCUAAGGGGAAGAGAAUUGUGAUUCUGAAGAAAAGGACUGGAAUUCGGCGUUCUAGGAGGGAUAGUUCAAAAUCUCCUCGUAUAUUCCCCUUUCCUCUUGAUGAAAGAGGUACAAGAGAGAUAUCUGGUGAAAGCUCAAUUGCUGUAGCUACAAGACACGAUGAGCCUCAAGCAUCCGGAGAUGAUAGAGGGGAAGGAAUAAGUGGACUUUCUAAGCUGAGUGAAUCAGCUGCUGAGAGUAAAGGUCUGGAUGUGAGUUACGGUGAAGAAAAGCUUCCCAUUUUUGAAAAUGAAAGUGAUACAAUCAGGAUGUUGGAAGGAGCACUCGAAAAAGAGAAAGCUGCUUGUGCUGCUCUCUAUUUAGAGCUGGAGAAAGAGCGAGCUGCUGCUGCAACUGCUGCUGAUGAAGCAAUGGCCAUGAUAAGUCGUCUGCAGAAGGAUAAAGCAUCGACAGAAAUGGAAGUGAGACAGUACCAAAGGAUGAUUGAAGAGAAAUUUGUUUAUGAUGAAGAAGAGAUGGAUGUUCUGAAAGAGAUACUUCUUAGGAGGGAGAAGGAGAAUCAUUUUUUGGAGAAGGAAGUUGAAGCAUAUAGACAGAUGAAUUCUUUAGGAAAUGAACAGUGUAAUGGUGAUUCAAAUGAUAAGCUGCGUGAAUGGGGACAAACUGCACUUUCUUCGAAUAUAGAUUCACAACUGAUGAUGCCGUGGACUAAUGAAACUAUAUCUAAUCAUAUGGAAGUGGGAAAUAUUGCAGACAGUACCUCUCAGUUUGACGCUUCAUUUGUCAAAAAACAAAUCCAUUCCAAUGGACAUGAUGUUGUUGAGAAAAGUGUCCUUUCAGGAUGGGAAGGAAAACAAUACGCAGAUAAUGCAAUGUGCCCAGGAAUGACUACUGAAGCAGUCCAAGCUAAGAUAGGGAUUGAGAAAAGUUUCUAUAGUGAUGGAGGACAGCUGCAGCAAGGUGGGGAUCUUGAAAGCCAUUAUCAUAGUCCAUUGCUUGAUACAGAGCCAGCUGUUCAUGACAUUCAUGUCAUAGAUGGUAAAACUGAAAUAGUAAGAGGAGAAAGUAGGCCAUCAAUUUAUGCUGCUUUGGAUGGAUUCCAAGAUCCGAGAUGUGGGGCUUCUGGAGUCUGUAGCAGCUUGGAACCUCUGCUGAGCAUGGGGAAAGGCAAAACGCCUCCUUAAAACUUUCGGAGGAGAUCAGGAAUCAGCUUUUGUAAUUCUAAAGCUAAGAGAUCGAAUGUGACUUGCUUCUUUACCGGCUUUAUCUUCUAAGGUGCAUUUGAAGACAAGACGUAGCCAAAGUAUGUAACACCCCCAGAUGUGUGAACAUCUGAGGGCUGGUGCUCCAAGUCUAUUUGUAUCUCAUUGAUGGUUGAAAGGGUAAAUGAAUAGGAUAUGCCCCAUAGGUACUCAGUUGUGCACAUAAACUUUUGCGUAUAGUAGUUUUCAGUUUUGUGAAAUUGGCUUUCAGAGCCAUGUUCUCAAGUGAUGAAUCUGUCCCCCACCUCGUCUUUCCUGGGAAAAGUUUGAAAAAGGAAAUGACCUCGAAUUGUACGGCAAAGGAUGUAGAUGCAUGUAAGUAUUGCCUUCUAGCUAGCUUCUUAUGAAAUAGAUAUACUAUUCUUUGUUCCUUA